UCCCGUCCCCAGGAGCGGAGCCGGCCGCCCAGGGGUCCCUCCCCGUGCGUUCUGCCGCGGCUGCCCGCUCCCGGCGGCCCGGCCGCGGCGGGGGGAGCCCCUGCGGAACCGAAACCUCGAGGAUCGCCUAGAGGGGCCUGUUCGGGAAAGGGGUGGGGGGCGGGUAGAGUUCUGCCUCUCGUGUUUCUUUUCACGACGGAACGAAAGGUUCGAGAGGUCGCCGUGUGCCUCUCGUCUAAUGCCGAAAGCUGUAGGAGGGACAGCGGUGCCUCCCGAGUGGCGCAGUGCAGUGAACGCGGCGGUAGCGAGGCUUUCCCCCCUCAUCCUUCGUGCCAGUGAAUUGGCUAGUGGAAAGGCAAAGACCCGAAGGAAAAGCAGUCGUAGUUUCAAUGCACUUUCACGGCAAGAAGGCGUUUCAGACGUGGUGGCUCUGAGAAUCAGGAGGCUGAUGCAGAAGAAGGACCAACUGUUCAUGCUGUUGAGAUGUCUUGUAGUCCAUCGUUAAUAGAACCAGCAUGUUCCAACUCUGAGGGAAGUGCAAAAAUGGGAAAAAAUGAUGCUACUUCCAGACAUUUGGUUCCUCCUGGUGAUAAUGAAAGUGAACAGUCAAAAUCUAUUCAAAGAAAGAGGGUGCUUCCAUCUUGGAUGCUGGAAAGAGACCUCCCAGUUCAGAGGAUUUCUGAGCCUAUAAUGAAAGGAGGUAGUAGAAUGAAAAAAGGCCAAGGAAGGGGAAGAAGUAAUAUGGAGUUAUUAAAAUCAGAAGUAAACGUGCAGCAGAAAAAGAGAUUAGCUUCUGAAGAAACUGUAGAGGAUUUUGAAGGUGAAGAGCAAGAUCAAGGGAAAAGGAGCUGCCUUUUAAUCCCUGUCCUUUCAUAUCAGAAUACACCUGGAUUUCCUCUUGAGAGUACCAUGAGAAACAUGGAAGGAAAUGGCAAGACUGGAGGAAAAAACCCUGGAAGUUCUCUGGAAAAAAAUGAUAGGCAGCUGUAUAGUAAAUGGUCUAAAAGAGUAGGUCAGAUCUCCAGUAAAGAAAAUAGAAUUGAGGAAACGGAAAACAAAGAGCAGAUUACUGGUUCUACAAGCCAAGAAGUUCACUGGGGCAGGACUUACCAAUAUUUUGGUGCCCAGGAAGGGAUUCUUGAGCCUGAUGCAAAUCUGGAUCACAAGACUGAGAUUUCUGAUUCAACCAGAAGUGCAGAUGCUUCAGAAAGCUCCAAAGAGAUCAAGCGUAAGAGGACACCUUGCAUGUAUGGAACAGGCUGUUACAGGAAGAAUCCCAUUCACUUUCAGCAGUUCAGUCACCCUAAUGAUGAUGACUAUCAUGAAACUGAGAUCAUAACUCAGGAUAACAAUGAUAACCGACCUGAAUGUCCAUAUGGAACGGCUUGCUAUAGGAAGAAUCCACAGCACAAGCUAGAAUACAAACACAGUGCACCUCCAGUAACUGAAAGAGGAACGCGACAAAGAACUUCAAAGAAUGGAAAAAGGGCUGUGGAGAAAGAUGGUGAUGAUGAUGAUGAACCAAAUGAAUAUGACCUUAAUGACAGCUUUAUAGAUGAUGAGGAAGAGGAGUGCGAACCUACUGAUGAAGACUCUGAGUGGGAACCAAGUUCAGAAGACAAGGAUAAUGAAGAUGUUGAAACGCUUUUGCAAGAAGCACGUAGUUUUGUUAAGGCCAAAAAGUAGCUGUAUGGAAGAAGAUUGCAAAUGUCUAACCUGGUGGUGUUAAAACAUGGAUGCACGUGCAGAGGAUUUGCUUGGAAAACAGGUUUUUUUCCUCAGUCAUGUAGGCACUACAGAGAGAUUUUGAUGGGGGCAAGGGGAUUCAGCAAUGCCUUUCUUGUCCGUAUGUAUUACUUCGGGAGUUUUUUGUUUACUAAGUGGUGGAGCCAGAGGACUGAGCUCUAAAAGGUUUUUUGGUGAUUUUUUGUUUCCUCAUCUGUUUCUUUUGCAACACCAUUGAUGUCUCAUAGUUUGAAAUACAAUUUUAAAGGUUAUUAAUGCUUCGUCUUCUUGUGCUUGAAAGAAAUAUUGGCAUUAGGAAAGUCUUCCAUUUUGCUGAAACACAAUAUAUUCUGUGUUGGAUGAAGAGGACUUAAUGCUUCACACCUGCAGUAUCACAGACUAAUUCUUGGCCAUCACGGUGGAAUCUGUCUAGACCAUUUUUAAAUUAUUUUUUUUCUUGAGUUGGUGCCAUCUUAAACUCCAUUAGUCUGCUACUAGCUUUCCUUUUAGGUGUAAUUUCUUUGAUUCUCUUGAUGUACAGUAGUUAUACAGGUUGCCUAAAUGACUUGAGAACAGUAUCGUAGUGUAUUGAACUACUGGCUGUCUCAACAUUUAUGGUGUAUUUGCUCUAAUAACAGCAUGUAUCUUUCCAUACAUGUACAUUGCUGGAAUUUUCUUGAGUUCACAACAAAGCCGAAGUCUUGAUGGCUGUAUUUUUGUACAAUUAAAGGUAUAAAAGACUGGGAAAAGCUUGUAA